GGGCGGCGUGUCUGCUGGUGGAAUAAAAAGUUAUGGUUGUCGGUGAGACAAAGCAGGAGCUGCCGUGUUCACACCGAGGGAAGCUGCUCCUCUCCGGCGGCUGCAGACCGUCCACACCCGGCCCUCACCCCGGCUCUCAGCGGGGAUGACUGUUGGCUUUUCCGGAAGACGGCGGAACUGAACCUGUUUAAUCCACCGACAGCCACCAGCUGGCGGAGUGAAUCCCGGCUGUCAGCUGCUGCUGCCGGGGCUUCCCGCUGGAUCCUCGCCGCUCCGCGGAGCUCCGAACUCUUCCUUCUGGUUUGGCGAUGAUACUCCUCAAAUGGUAGUCAAGCUCAAGUCACAUUGAUGCUUGCCGCGGCUCAACAUUACUCAUCCGGCCUCUUCUUCCUGUGCGGCACUCAACUACCACGGCCAUGAGCAACAACGCUACGCAAGCUGUGGAGCCUCCUGACGAAAAGACAAGCGGUCUGGUGGACGCUAUGUCGGGUUUGACCACUACGGAUGCCAGUGUUCUCACAGCCAAUGGGAUGAAGAAUGGUGGAAAGCAAGCGGGAGCGCAACCCAAAAGGGUCCAACCGGUCCGGCCACAUCUGUCUGGGAGGAAGUUGUCAUUGCAAGAAAGAGGAACUUACAUGUCAUCCUGCACCGGCGGGAACUGCACACAAACCUCUCCGCGGAUGGUGCGCAGACCCACUGUGGAGUCCAAACGUGUGUCCAUAUCUGACUCACAGGACUGCAUCCAGUUAAAUCAGUAUAAGCUGAAGAGUGAAAUCGGAAAGGGCUCCUACGGUGUCGUCAAACUUGCCUACAAUGAGGACGAUGACAAGCACUAUGCUAUGAAAGUUUUAUCCAAGAAGAAGUUAAUGAAGCAGUGUGGCUUUCCACGUCGCCCACCACCCAGAGGACCCAAAGCAGCCCAGGGAGACCAGCCCAAAAUCCUGGGUCCCUUGGAAAGAGUCUACCAAGAGAUUGCAAUCCUUAAAAAGUUGGACCACGUCAACAUUGUCAAGCUCGUGGAGGUACUCGAUGAUCCAGCUGAAGACAACCUGCACAUGGUGUUUGAGCUGAUGCGCAAAGGGCCUGUGAUGGAGGUACCUACUGAGAAUCCCAUGUCAGAGGAACAGGCCCGAUUGUACUUCAGAGACAUCCUGCUGGGCAUGGAGUACUUGCACUACCAGAAGAUUGUCCACCGCGACAUCAAGCCUUCCAAUUUGCUACUGGGCGACGAUGGCCAUGUGAAGAUUGCAGAUUUUGGGGUCAGCAACCAGUUCGAAGGCAACGAUGCCCUCCUGUCCAGCACAGCGGGCACGCCAGCCUUCAUGGCCCCAGAGACGCUUUCAGACAAGCGCAAGAGCUUCAGUGGCAAAGCGCUGGAUGUUUGGGCCAUGGGAGUCACCCUCUACUGUUUUGCAUUCGGAAAGUGCCCCUUUAUUGACGACUACAUAUUGGCUUUGCACAAUAAAAUCCGGACCAAGCCUGUGGAUUUCCCCGAACAACCAAAGAUCAGCGAAGAGCUUAAGACUCUCCUGCUGCAGAUGCUGGAUAAAAACCCCGACGUGAGGAUCACACUUCCUGAGAUCAAGGUGGAUCCUUGGGUGACGCAAGGCGGGACGGACCCGCUGCCUCUGGAGGAGGAGCACUGCUCGGUGGUGGAGGUGACCGAAGAGGACAUCCAGAACUCUGUCAAGUUUGUUCCCCGACUUUCUGCCGUGAUUCUGGUGAAGGCCAUGCUCCGAAAGCGCUCAUUCAGCAACCCGUUUGAGUGUCCGAGCAGGAGGGAGGAGCGCUCCAUGUCUGCACCUGGCAGCCUCCACAUGGACUCGUGGCCUCUGCGGCCCUCUUUUAAACUCCACCCCUCCCUCAGAAAGAGCAGCACCGGAGACGGACCCAGAGAAGGAGAGCUGGAGGACCUGCACGAGGACGAACCUUCCUCCUGAGCCGGUGACCUGCUUGCCCCUCUGCCCUUCUCUCAAACACGUGCCACAUUUUACAUUCCUCACAGACUGGCCUUUUUUUCCCCAUCCCCAAGUUGUUCACCUGCCCAGUUCACAUCAUGACUGGCUUCCUGGGAACCUCAACAAAUGAUUGUAAAGACACCUGGAGCUGCAUGAGCAAUUCUUCCUCAGAACCAUGGGCCAUGACUGAGCAUCUUCUGGGCAUGCACAUGAGAGGUCCAUGGCUUCAGCUCGCUCUCUCUUUACAUCUUCAUCUUAGCCUUGUAUAUAAGUGGACUGGGUGGCACAAGAGAGGACAGAGUUUAGAAGCACCUUCAGACCUCCUUUUAUUUUUCUUUAUUUAUCCUCCUUAUACCACUGCUCUGUCACUUCAUUGGCUGAUUCUCUUCUCACAGUGUGGGUUUGGGAAUGAUCUUUCUCAAAGUUGGUACGUUUGGUUUUAAACCCAUUAAAGGGAGCAUCUUCCUGACACUCCUGAGAGGAGUGUUGCUGCUAACUGGAUCUGUGAGAUUUUGUUUUGCACUUCUCUAUUUAGGAACCACUGGCUUGUCAUGAUUUAAACCAUCAGCAGGUCUUGGUUACAUUUUCGAGUUUUAAUCUCCCGAGGAAUUGUUUAUCAGGAUGAAGGAAGGCGGAUUAGUUGGCGGCUGAGUCAGCACAAUACAAUAUUUUGGUUGGAAUCUCAAAACUUAUUUAGAUUAGAUUAAAUGGCCUUUAUGUUUGUAUGUGGAAAUACUGUGGAAACUAAAAAGUUUUCUCUUCAAAGUAAUAAAAUAUGAGCAGAGAAGGCCAUAAUUCAGGUGAUGAAGUCAGUUUAUUUUUGCUGUGUGAUUUCAAAACUCCUAUCACAUCCUUUAAACAUCCCUUUGUUGAGGACGACUACACACUCUAGCUGUGAAAUCAAGGGUAGUAUUUUACAUCAAACUCAAAACUAAAAUGGAGGGUGAACAACUGCUAUUUUGGGCCACAAUUCAGCUUGAAUUUGUCGACUAUUGUGCUUUAAAUAGCUAUGCUGCUAACUGUUAUGGAAUUGUAACUUUUUUGUGGGAAGAACUCACUUAUGAUGUAAAAGCCAAAGAAAAUCUGUUUCUUUCCGACAUGUUGGAGAGUAAUCUUAAAGUCAGUUUUAGGUAAGAAGUGUCUCCUACAUGCAUUUUUAUUUUAUUAUUAUUAUAUUUUUUAUAAUUACCAGCCUUCAUCGACAACCCAUGUGAGGGUUUAAAAAUGAAAUUGAAACUCCUGGUCGGCUAUUAGCCCUUGUCCCCAUCAGUCUUGCGGUGUUGUUCAAGUGAUUCGGCACCGCGAUCACUGAAAUGUCAGGAUUAUUAAACCCAUCCUGGCAACAUUUUUAUUCCGUCCUCUGAUUAUAAAUGGCCUUGGAACAUGCAGAGGAGUGGCUUCAACAUGAGGCAGUCUGGUAGAGCUUUUCUGAGUUAUUUCUCCGGGGAACAUGAGCGAUGUAGAUUUACUUUCUGGUCGAUUACAAGGCAGAAUGAUCUCAGUUUAAAUCCAUAUUUGAACAGAAGCUCUCAUUCGUGCUUGCUUCCUUCUCUGCUGCUCCCACCUCAUUCCUUGCACUUUACAUUUAAAGCUACUGUUGUGGAAUGUUUCAUCUGUGUAAAAUACCUGCGGUCAUCCCUCUGACCUCCACCAUCAUCUUCUGCUGCCUCUGUGUGAGGAAUUCCUCUGUAAAGAACCUGAAUAUUUUGACUGUACAUAGGCGAGACGGGGAGUUUAGCUCACUUUUCUAAUGUCUUUGUCCGUAUGAAAGUUGCAACUGUGUUAGUUAGUUGUCGGGGAAUUAGUUUACCCAAGUUAGAAGGAGCAAAUCGAAUUAAAGAGGAACGCGAUUUGGGUAUUUUUGUUUGAGACUGGGACCGGACAUGCCCCUCAAGGGGCCACAUGUGGCCCCCCAGCCACACAUUAGUAGUCUGGCAAUCGAGUCAUGGACAGGAAAGUUUCAAUGCUUUUCUUGACUGUUUACAGAAAGGUUUUACUCUGGAUUGUGACUCCUUUUUCAUGAACUUCCACAUAGCAGUGUGAAAGUGUCCUCCAUAGAAAUGUGUUUUUGGUGACGUCACUUAUUCAUGGCUCCUGAACGAACAGAUGCUCUCCCUUUAGGAUAAUACAGCACGUCCAACAGAGGAUAUCACGGUGUGUAUAGCUGUGUCUUCUACUCCAUUCCUGGUCUGGUCCGGGUCUCUAUGUUGCAGGUGCCUGCUGUUUCCGUCUGGUGUUGUGUAUAUUUCUCUGAUUAUAUUUUGCACGUACAUGAACAGAAGCAUGGCACAUCUUAAAGGAAUGCAGUCAUUACCAUGUAAAUAUGUACCGAUAUCAUAUACAUAUAUAAGCUAUUUUUGCAUGUUUUUGUACCUUCUAGAAUGAAUAAAAGACGCUCUGAAUUAUUGUUUUGGCCCCUGCUUGACUCCAGUGUGAGACAAAGGUUUAUUGGAUGCGGAUCACAACACUUGACAGUGGAACGUCCACAUGAUGUUCAGACGGAUCAUUGAAGGACAGUGUGUAGAUGGAAGUGCAAGGAGGUGUGUUCUCUGGCGUGAAAACAGCAGUUACACCUAAAGCAAACCCAACGGUUCGCCAACCCCACGCGUAGCUACCGAGGAAACCGAGGCUUCCUGCCAGAGUGGUGCUGAUGGAAGACACUGCUGGGAAAUAGCCGGCAACAACAGGAGGUUGGAGUUUCCUGAGGACUUUUCAGGGAUGUGUGCGGU